GGAGGCAACACUGCAGCUGACUGCAAACUCUGAGUGAGAGAUUUACAACAAGACACAAGGUGGACGUAACUUUCAGGGAGUGGCUGAGCUGUCUGCCUGCUGUGUUUUCACUCUCACUCACAGACUAAAUGGCUUCAGGUUUGGAGGAAGAUCUUUGCUGUUCUGUCUGCUGCGACAUCUUUGAGGAUCCUGUCAUCCUGGUAUGUAGCCACAGCUUCUGUAAAGUCUGUCUGCAGAGGUGGUGGACGGAGGAAAACACCACAGAGUGUCCGCUUUGUAAGAGAAGACAUACAGGGGAGGAACCACCUCCUAAUCUGGUGUUACAGAAGCUGUGUGAGAGUUUCUUACAGGAGAGAGAUCAGAGCGCUUCAGAGGCUCUCUGCAGUCUGCACUCUGAGAAGCUCAAACUCUUCUGUCUGGACCAUCAGCAGCCAGUGUGCUACGCUUGCAGUCUUUCAGAAAAACACACCAACCACAGAUUCAGACCCGUCGAUGAAGCUGCACGACAACACAAGAAGAAACUUGAGGAAACUCUGGAGCCCUUAAAGGAGAAGUUAAAGGUUUGUGAGCAAGCUAAAGUGAAGUUUGAUCAAACAGCAAAACACAUAAAGGUCCAGGCCCGACGCACAGAGAGGCAGAUUAAGGAGCAGUUUAAGAAGCUUCACCAGCUUCUAAAAGAGGAAGAGGAGGCCAGGAUGGCUGCACUGAGGGAGGAAGAGGAGCAGAAGAGUCAGAUGAUGAAGGAGAAGAUGGAGGCUCUGAGCAGAGAGAUAGCAGCUCUUUCACACACAGUCAGAGCCACAGAGGACGAGCUGAGAGCGGAAGACGUCUCAUUCCUGCUCAACUACAAGGCUGCAGUGGACAGAGUCCAGCAGCGCCCCCUGCUGGAUGAUCUACAGCUGCUCUCAGGAGCUCUGAUAGACGAGGCCAAACACCUGGGCAACUUGACCUUCAACAUCUGGAACAAGAUGAAGGACGUGGUCUCCUACACUCCUGUGAUCCUGGACCCAAACACUGCUGGUCAAAGACUCAUCCUGUCUGAGGACCUGACCAGCGGGAGACGAGGAGAGGGACAGCAGCGUCCUGAUAACCCAGAGAGGAUGGAUCACUACUGCUGCUCUGUCCUGGGCUCUGAGGGCUUUAACUCAGGGACUCACAGCUGGGACGUGCAGGUCGGGACCAGUAAAGGCUGGACACUGGGUGUGUUAGCAGAGUCUGUCCACAGGAAGGGACACAUAGAGUCUGGAUUAUGGAGACUGUGUUUCUGUUACGGUGUGUACUACUCGUUCUCCCCGUCACAUCCGGACACUAACGUCCGAGUGCAGAAGAAGCUCCAGAGGAUCAGAGUGAGUCUGGACUGGGACAGAGGGAAGCUGUCGUUCUGGGAUCCUGACACUAACACACACAUACACACCUUCACACACACUUUCACUGAGAGGAUGUUUCCAUUCAUGAACACUGUGGAUCACCUCCCACUGAAGGUUUUACCGGUGAACGUCUCUGUGACUGUGGAACAGCAGGAAUAGACUGUAAAGAUGAUGAUGAUGAUGAUGAUGAUGUGGUGAAUUUUCCUCUCCGGAACAUGUGUCUAUAUUGUCCUAAUGAUGUUGUUGGUUGUCAUGGUGAUGAGGGUGAGGUGUAUAGCAACACAUAGUAAGAGUGUAAAAAUGUUAAAUGUUGAAAUAAUGAAUUAAAAGAACAAACCAACAAAGACCAACUUUUCAUAUCAUUUAAGACUGUUUUCACUCAUGUCAGAGUUUACUCC